AUGGGCAGCCGUGCGUUGGUUCUGUGCACAGUGAUUCUGUGCUGCGCUGGCCUGCGCGGCGCCGGCGGCGUCACGCGGACGUGGACGGGCGCCACCGGCGAAUGGGCCGACGGGUCGCUGUGGUCGCCCCCAGGCGCCCCGGCGCGCGGCGACGACGUCGUCGUCGCCGGCGGCGGCAACGCGACGCUGGUCGUGAACGCGUCCUGCGUCGUCGCGUCGUUGGCGCUGUCGUCGGGGUCCCUGGAGCUGGCGCGCGGCGCGUCCCUCGGGGUCGAGGCCUCGCUCGCGUGGUCCGGCGGAACCGUCGCCGGCGCCGGCGGCGUCGCGCUGCUCGCCGGCGCGGUCGGGACCGCCGGCUCCGCGCCCCCGGGCGAGUGCGCGCUCGGCGCCGCGCUCGAGGUGGCGCGCGGCGCGUCGCUCGCCGUCGCCGGCGCCCUCUGGUGCCGCCGCGGCGCGAACGUGUCCGUCGCCGGCGGCCUCGCCGUCGCCGGCGCGAACGCGAGCGUCGCGCCCGCGCCGAGCGCCUUCGGCUUCGACGGCGCGGCCGGCGCCGCGCUGCGCGGGGACGUCGACCCGGCCCUGGCGACGCCCCGGGGCGGCGCCGUCGACGACGCGCGGUCGGCGGGCGCGGCGCUCGCGCCCGUCGCGGGCGCGCGCUACGCGCUCGCCGUCGCGGGCGACGGCGCGGCGCGCGGCGCGCUCGCGCGCGCGGGCGUCCCCGGGGCCGGCGGCGUCGCGGCGACGUACCGGUCGACGGCGCGGGGCGUCGGCCUCGAGGCCUGCGCGGCCGCGUGCGAGGCGGCCCCGUGGUGCGCGUCGUUCGACCACGGCGCGGCCGCGGGCGCGUGCGCGCUCAGCGAGCUCGGCGCGCACGUGACGGAGAGCUACGGCGCGACGGCUGACCCGGGCGCGGCCGGCGGCGCCGAGGACCUCGUCCCCGUCUGCACGCUCAAGCAUCACCCGUACAAGGUCGAGCACGUCGUCCUUUGGGCCCGCGACGCGUUCCAGGACCUCUUCUUCGACCGCCCACGAUGUCUCGCGGACGCGCUCGCCGCCGCGCGCGCGCCCGGCGGCCUCCGCGCGUGGGCCCGGCGCCUCGCCGCGGAAACGCGCGGCGGCGACAGCGCCGCCGCCGCCGCUUGCGCGCGCGCGGCUGACGACGCCGCGGCGCUCGCGGCGAGCCUCGGCGGCGGCGGCGGCGGCGACGACUGCCAGGGCUUCGCCGGCGCGCUCUACGGCGCGUUCUUUGCCGACGCGGCGGCCGCGCUCCUCGAGGCGCACCCUCCGGGCGCGCUCGACGGCGACGGCCGGCCCUUCUGGGCGGGGACGCGCCUCCCGCCGACGCCUGCGGCGGCCCUCUUCGACGCGACCGACGAGUCGGACCCGGCCCCGGCCUUCCUCGACGCGACGGCGGCGCUUCGCCGCACGAGCCUCGGCCUUGCCGCGCCGGCGCGCGCGGCCGCGGCCGCGACCGCGGCCGCCGCCGCGGCUCGCGGUUUCCGCGGCCGCGGCGCGGCCGCGGCCGCCCCCGCGCGCCUCUCGGAC